AUGUCGGAGGACUCAGUAGCAUCCAUUAUCGUCAACAGUCUCUACAAUGCAGGCAUCCGCAUUGUCUUUGGGAUUCCAGGCGCCAAGGUCGAUGCCAUCUUCGACUGCCUGCAAGACCAUCCGGAGAUCAAGCUCAUCGUGUGUCGACACGAGCAAAAUGCAGCCUUCAUGGCCGCGGCUGUAGGUCGUAUUACUGGUAUUCCGGGGGUAUGUAUCGCUACUUCUGGCCCUGGGGCUUCGAAUCUAGCUACGGGUCUCGUGACAGCCACCACAGAGGGUGAUCCGGUCUUGGCCUUGAUCGGAUCGGUGCCCAGGCUACAGAACACAAAGCGGACCCACCAGUCGAUGAAGGCAUUGGAUAUUUUGGGUCCUACUACCAAAGCAGCCAUUCCAAUUGAUGUCGAGGACCAGGCCGCCGAGGUCAUUUUGUCCGCUUUGAGAACUGCAUAUUUAUCUCCUCAAGGCGCAACUGUGGUUUCUAUUCCUGCAGAUAUUGCAAAAGAAAAGUCCAAGAUCCUUGCUUUCGAAAGUCACGCUUUCACGCCACCAAUGUAUGGAGCUGCUCCUCUAGAAACCCUAGACAGUGCUAUAGCCAUGAUUGAGAAAGCCGAAUUGCCCGUCUUGUUCCUCGGAAUGCGAGCCAGCAGUCCCAGGGUAGUAGCCAUGGUCCGUCAGCUACUGACAAAAUUCCCCAUGCCAACAGUAGAGACGUUCCAAGCAGCAGGAGCCGUAUCAAAAGAACUCGCCCAUCUCUUCGCUGGCCGAGUGGGACUCUUCCGCAACCAAGUUGGCGACAAGCUUCUCGCAAAGUCAGAUCUGAUAAUUGCCGUUGGAUACGAUCCCGUGGAAUACGAUGCGAAUGUGUGGAAUCCAGACGGAAGCCGGAAAAUUAUUCACAUCGACUACACGCCAGCAGACUACGGCACAUAUUACCACCCUGUUUCCGAAGUCCUCGGCUCCAUCGUCCAAAACCUCUACCACUUCGUUCAAAAUCUGAAGUCUGUCAACGACACCACAUCCUCUCCUCUAUCUAAGCAACUCUCCGCAGAGUACCUCGCCUGGCAAGACUCACCCCUCACAAAACGCACAUCCGGCCUCAUCCAGCCCCUGCACUUCAUCAGCACCCUGCAACCCCUCGUCUCGCCCACCACAAUCGUAACCUGCGAUGUUGGCACCGUUUACAUCUACAUGAUGCGGUACUUCUUCUCCUACGAACCCCGCACGCUCCUGUGCUCCAACGGCCAACAAACGCUCGGCGUCGGCAUGCCCUGGGCCAUCGCCGCAUCCCUCACACAAUCCCCUCCUUGCUCCCAAAAGGUCAUCUCGCUGAGUGGAGAUGGGGGUUUUAUGUUCUCGGCUCAGGAGCUAAGUACCGCAGUGCAGCAGCGGUGUAACAUCACGCAUUUUAUCUGGAAUGAUGAGGCGUUUAAUAUGGUGCAGUUUCAGGAGGAGAUGAAGUAUGGACGCGGCAGUGGGGUAUCGUUGGGUGGAGUGGAUUUCGUGAAGUUGGCGGAGGCUUUUGGGGCGAGAGGUUUUAGGAUCAGUGAUGCGAGUGAGUUGAAGAGUGUCAUGGAAGAGGCGUUGGCUUUUGAAGGGGUUAGCAUUGUGGAUGUGCGCGUGGAUUAUAGUCAGAGUCAGGAGUUGGCGGGGGUUAUAUCGGAGAGUGAAUGGAACUGA